CGCUGCCGCCCGUCCCCUCAGGGUGGGCCGCCCCCAGCCCGUCCCGCCUCACGGCCGCCAUGGCACCCGCCCCGCCCCGCGCCUUCCCGCCCUCACGGCGGCAGCGCCAUGGCGGCCGUGCGGGACGUGGAGAUCGACCCUGAGGGCACCUUCAAGUACAUCCUGGUGCGCCUGCAGCGCCCGGGCGGCGGCGAGCAGCGCGACAUCGUCCGCGGCACCAAGGCGGCUGAGUUCCACAAUCAUAUAUUUGAAAAAGUAAAUCCCGAGAUGGAAAAGCUGGGAUAUGAGUGCAAGUGCCUUGGAGGAGGGAAAAUUGAACAUAACAGCAAAGACAAGAAAAUCAGGGUAUUUGGGCUCUCAACAGGCUAUGGAAAAGCAGAUCACUCAGUCACUGUAGAGAUACUGAAGAAAGAAUAUACAGAUUAUGAAAUUACAUGGUCAGAUGACAAGAAAUAAUCUUGUGAGCACAAUGAGCAGUUCCAACCUGGUAAAUGUGAGCUGCACUUUGAUAAAUAAAAUUGAAUGUGUGUUCUAUGUGUGCAACCAUCCAUCUG